CAGAAAUUAAUGGCCAUGAGUUCGUAUAUGGUGAACUCUAAGUAUGUGGAUCCCAAAUUUCCUCCUUGCGAGGAAUAUUUGCAGAAUAGCUACUUAGGCGAGCAGGGGGCCGAGUACUACAGUGCCUCGCAGGGCGCUGAUUUCCAGCACCAGGGACUCUACCCACGGUCAAACUACAGCGAGCAGCCCUUUAGCUGUAGCAAUGCCCAGGGCUCUGCCGGGCAGCCGCGGGGUCACGGACAGGAGCAAUCCGGCCCGGCGAGCCACUUCCCCGGCCCAGCAGAGCAUUGUCCACCGCCUCCAAUGUCCAACUCGCGAGCCUGCAGCCAGCAGCCGGCCCUCAAACCCCCAAACGGCUCCGCAGUUAAGCAGCCGGCAGUAGUUUAUCCCUGGAUGAAGAAAGUCCAUGUUAACUCGGUGAAUCCCAAUUACAACGGAGGGGAACCUAAACGCUCCCGCACAGCUUACACCAGACAGCAAGUCCUAGAACUGGAAAAAGAAUUUCAUUUUAACAGGUACCUGACCAGGCGCCGCCGUAUCGAGAUAGCCCACACUUUGUGUCUCUCUGAGCGCCAGAUCAAGAUCUGGUUUCAGAACAGAAGAAUGAAGUGGAAAAAAGAUCACAAACUGCCCAACACGAAGGGCAGAUCUUCUUCCUCUGGUUCAAACCCCCAUUUACAAACUGGUUCCAAGGACCAUCAGACUGACUUGACAACUUUGUAG